CACAGAGACACAGCCAGCCAGCCCGAGGCGCCCAGCGGGUCUCCCGGCCCCUUGGUCCGGAGAGAGCGGCAGGCGCUUCUGAUGGUUCAGCCGGAGGAACCCCAGAGAUGUGCUGCAGUGGGUGGCUAUUUGAUCCUUCUCUGUCAGUAGCGAUGGAGCCACCGCCGGGCGAGACUGAGGGCCCACAGGACCAGCCCAGGGGCCGGGGGCCGCCCCCUCACUCCUCAGAUGUUGCCGAUGGGCCUGCCCUGGGCCACCCCCGCGGACACCCCCGGACCACGGGAGGCAGCGUGUGCGUGUUCGCCCUCUCCCAGAUCUUGCUGGCCUGUGCGGUGUUCUGGUACAGCGGCUACGGGGCUACCGUGGCCCAGAGACUCUCUGACCUGUUGUCUCACGUGACCGGUCCCAUGGCCCAACUCCUGACCAUCCCAGGGGCCGGGACGAGGUUGGAGAGCUCGGAGACGCCCUGCGUGCUGCUGGCCACGCUGUCUCUGGGCCUGCUUCUGGCGGGGAUUCUGGUUUGGCACCUGGCCCGGACCCCUCCGGGGCCCCCGCCGCCCUCCCCGCCGGAAGACAGACGCCAGUCCGUCAGCCGUCAGCCGUCCUUCACCUACUCCGAGUGGACGGAGGAAGAGGAGGAGAAGAUCCAAGAGGACUUCCCGGACCUGGAUCCCGUGCCCGAGACCCCCGUCUUCGACUGCGUCAUGGACAUCAAGGCCGAGACGGAUCCGGCCACCCUGACGGUCAAGUCCGUGGGGCUGCAGGAGAGGAGGGGCUCCAACGUCUCCCUGACUUUAGACAUGUGCACCCCGGGAUGCUCCGAGCAGGGCUUCGGCUACGUCAUGUCUCCCCGCGAGCAGUCGUCCAGGGACUACCUACAGAGCGCCUCCCGCGUGCUGACGGCUGGGGAGCUGCACGAGAAGGCCCUCGACCCGUUCCUGCUGCAGGCCGAGUUCUUUGAAAUACCAAUGAACUUCGUGGAUCCCAAGGAGUACGACAUCCCGGGUUUGGUACGGAAAAAUCGGUACAAGACAAUCCUCCCCAACCCCCAUAGCAGGGUGUGCCUGACCUCACGGGACCAGGACGACCCACUGAGCUCCUACAUCAACGCUAACUACAUCAGGGGCUACGGAGACGAGGAGAAGGUGUACAUUGCUACUCAGGGGCCGAUCGUCAACACCGUCAGUGACUUCUGGAGGAUGGUGUGGCAGGAGCGCUCGCCUAUCAUUGUCAUGAUCACCAACAUCGAGGAGAUGAAUGAGAAAUGCACCGAGUACUGGCCGGAGCAUCAGGUUGUGUACGAAGGGAUCGAGGUCACCGUGAGGCGCAUCAUUCAGGCAGAUGACUACCGCCUGAGACUCAUCACCCUGAGAAGUGGGGACGAGGUGAGGAGCCUGAGACACUACUGGUACACGUCGUGGCCGGACCAGAAGACCCCGGACCAGGCCCCGCCUCUGCUGCAGCUGGUGAGGGAGGUGGAGGAGGCCAGGCGGCAUGGCCAGAGGGGCGGCCCACCGGUCAUUGUCCACUGCAGUGCAGGGAUCGGGAGGACUGGGUGCUUCAUCGCCACCAGCAUCUGCUGCCAGCAGCUGAAGAAUGAGGGCAUCGUGGACAUCCUGCGGACAACCUGCCAACUGAGGCAGGACCGGGGCGGAAUGAUCCAGACCUGCGAGCAGUACCAGUUUGUGCACCAUGUCAUGAGCCUGUACGAAAAGCAGCUCUCUCGGGCAGCGGAGGAGUGACCCCCUCACCCCCGCCUCCC